GUUCAUCACCUCCCCGACCGUCGACCAUCUCGACCUCGUUGCUCACUCAGCGCUACUUGUCGUCUCGCUGCUUUGCUCUACAUACCCUCUGUACUGGGAUUUGCACAAGAGACCAAGGGAAAAUGGCUUCAACGUUCAUCAACUGGCUCAAGAGUCCGAAGGCGAGGGAGUAUUUCUUCAGUACACAUUUCUGGGGGCCUGUCGCAAAUUGGGGUCUGCCUCUUGCCGCCAUUGCCGAUGUCCAGAAGGAUGAGACGGUCAUCUCUGGUCCGAUGACCACCGCGCUAGCAGCUUAUUCGAUGGUCUUCAUGCGGUUUGCUUGGCGUGUCCAGCCACGGAAUUAUCUCCUCUUCGCCUGUCACGCCACCAAUACCACCGCACAGCUGGUACAAGGCGCCCGUUUUGUGAACUACUGGUAUAUGGGCGGGCGGGAGAAGAAGCUCGGCCCUGCGGGAGUGGCAGCUCAAGAUGCACAGCUGGCAGCGGAUAAGGCGGCCGCUGCGGCCGCUAAGCAAGCGAAGGAGGUUGCCAAAGCAGCUGGUGCAUGAAGAGAGUGAAUGGCGCUCGUUGAUGGUUGGGGAAGGGCAUGACAGGAGGAGAUGAAAAUGAACCGUGCGCAUCUGUGAUGUUUACCAUGCAGUAUGCUGCGGUGUGCUGUUGGGCAUAAGGGGAGCGAACCGUUGUGGGGUUGCAUAUAUUGUGCGCAUCUGUAUACGAUGGUGAUAAUCUGUGUUAUCUACUAGAUAUCAUGACGUUUCGCAGCGUUCAGGCACCAUUAUAAUGUCUGCUCUUUCUCUCAGAACUCUCCUGGCGUAAAAUCAAACACGCAGGCAUCUCCAACUACUGCUCCUGCGCUGGCCGCGAAUGCGAGGUGCUCAGGAUCCUUCUCGAGGUAGUACGACCUGUCUUCCUCGUUCUCGAACUCUACCACGAAACCAACCUGCAAGCCCUUCCCUUUCCCUUCCGGACUCGUCUGCUUUCCGCCUAU